AUGGCUUCAAAAAGAAUUUCUUUAUGGUUUAUAUUUAUGAUUAUUACACAAUCGGUUGGAGACGAUAUGCGAUCAGUUCGAAUGUCUUUAAUGCGUGGUUUGAAAUUUAAUUGUACUAGUACACCUUGUUUACCAUUCGCUAAUAUCAUUACGUCGACUAGUAUCAAGUGUCAAGCUGCCUGUUUAGCUCAAAUUUAUUGCAGAGCAGCUAGUUUUCAACAAUCAACUUCUAAUUGUGAAUUGUUUACUGAUAUGUCAAAUGAAAUUACAAAUAUGGCGACUGAUACCGACUUUACAACUAUGAUUGUUAUUGCUGGAACACGAUCACCACCUGAACCGACUACAACAUCAACGUCAACAACAACAUCAUCAACAACAUCAUCAACAACAUCAACAACAACAUCAACAACAACGUCAACAACAACAUCAACUACAACAUCAACAACAACGUCAUCCACAACGUCAACAACAACAACAACGUCAUCCACAACGUCAACAACAACAACAACGUCAUCCACAACGUCAACAACAACAACAACAACAUCAACUACAACAUCAGCCACAACAGUAACAACAACAACAGCAGCAAUACUGAGUCAGUACUAUGUUAAAUCAUUUGUAGUGACUUAA